UUGUGCUUUUUAAUAUUUAUGACGUCCGCAGGUUCUAGGGAAGAAUCUGCACGAACACAUCAAAACUUUUUGACGCUUUUGUAUAGCGCAGCGAUAACUUUGCUCUUCUCCCUUUACUGCACUAACUCUGAUUUCGAGGUAAAUAAUUGUGCUAAAAUUAUUCUGGGUCAGAAGCAGGAAAACCUUUUCCGGUAGAAAGCCCACCUUCCUCUCACGUUGCGCAUGCCCAGUGUGCCCUGCUGCUUUGCUUUGCUUUCCUGCAUCUCAGCCUCUGUCACCAGGUAAGGGCAUUCUGGAAGAUGAGUUUCGGUGUGCCGGCUCAAACAGAACUCUGGGGGUCCCAAGAGCUUUCGGAUAUGCAAAAGAGGAAGGACUGAUUGGUCUCGACUUAAGCAUAUCCCUCCCACCCACCACGGUCAAGAACCACGGUGCACAACGCAGUCAUCUCCACUGGAGGGGCGCUAAUGAAGACAGGAUGACAGGCGAGAAAAAGAACUACAACUCCCAGCAUGCAGCGCGCAGCGCGGUUCCUGGAGAGGCCGGCUGUGCACUUGAGCCGGGUCUCCGCCCAGAUUCUGGGCCGACAGCGGUGGGCUGACAAGGUGAGCGUCUGGCGCAGGAUGUAAGUCAGCAGUGAGGUGUGAUCCGGAGACCUGGGCAUGCCGGGAAGUCAGGGCUCAGAGACCCAGCUCGCCGGCCCUAGUGGACACCUAGAGUCCUAUCCCCGGUGUCCCCACUGGACCACACAUCCGGACGUGACGCUACCGCGGAGGAGGCAGGGAGAGGAGGAGCGUCGCGGUGACGUCCUCCCAAGAUGGCGGUGAGAGAGUGAAGAAACUGUUUCCCUUGGGCGGAUACGGAUCAAGGGUAAAAUACCAUUCUGAUAUCAAAAUGCAGUAUUCACACCACUGUGAGCACCUUUUAGAGAGACUGAAUAAACAACGAGAAGCAGGAUUUCUUUGUGACUGUACCAUAGUGAUUGGAGAAUUCCAGUUCAAGGCGCAUAGGAAUGUGCUUGCCUCCUUUAGUGAGUAUUUUGGUGCGAUCUACAGAAGCACUUCUGAGAACAAUGUUUUUCUUGAUCAGAGUCAGGUGAAGGCUGACGGAUUUCAGAAACUGUUGGAGUUUAUAUAUACAGGAACUUUAAAUCUCGACAGUUGGAAUGUUAAGGAAAUCCACCAGGCUGCUGACUAUCUCAAAGUAGAAGAGGUAGUAACGAAAUGUAAAAUAAAGAUGGAGGAUUUCGCCUUCAUUGCUAGUCCCUCUUCUACAGAAAUAUCUAGUAUUACGGGGAACAUCGAGUUGAAUCAACAGACCUGUCUUCUUACUCUUCGAGAUUAUAACAAUCGGGAGAAAUCAGAAGUCUCCACAGACUCAGUUCAGGCAAACCCUAAACAACGGGCAUUGACAAAGAAAUCGUCUCAAAGUAAAAAGAAGAAAAAGGCCUUCAAUUCCCAGAACCCAGGGCGAGCUAAAGCACUGCAACACCACAGUAGUGUUUCAGAGAGUGCGUCUGUCGAGUUAUUCCUGGAUGCGAACAAGUUGUCCCCACCUGCAGUAGAACAAGUCAUUCACGGAAAUGACACUUCAGAACUUGAGUUGACCUCAGUUGUGGAGAAUACUUUUCCUGCACAAGAUAUUGUGCAAACUGUUACAGUCAAACGGAAACGUCGAAAAUCACAGUCACAUUGUGCCCUGAAAGAACACUCCAUGUCUAACAUAGCCAGUGUAAAGAGUCCGUAUGAGCUGGAGAACGCCGGGGAAGAGCUGGACCCAAGGUAUUCCAAGGCCAAGCCAAUGUGUAACACGUGUGGGAAGGUGUUUUCAGAAGCCAGCAGCCUGAGAAGGCACAUGAGAAUACACAAAGGAGUCAAGCCGUAUGUCUGCCACUUGUGUGGAAAGGCGUUUACCCAGUGCAACCAGCUGAAAACUCAUGUGAGGACUCACACAGGGGAAAGGCCAUAUAAAUGUGAACUGUGUGAUAAAGGAUUUGCUCAGAAAUGCCAGCUGGUCUUCCAUAGUCGCAUGCAUCAUGGUGAGGAAAAACCCUAUAAAUGUGAUGUGUGCAAUUUACAGUUUGCAACUUCUAGCAAUCUCAAGAUUCAUGCAAGGAAACACAGUGGAGAAAAGCCAUAUGUCUGUGAUAGGUGUGGGCAGAGAUUUGCCCAGGCCAGCACCCUGACCUAUCAUGUCCGCAGGCACACUGGAGAAAAGCCUUACGUGUGCGACACCUGCGGAAAGGCCUUUGCCGUCUCUAGCUCUCUCAUCACUCAUUCUCGGAAACACACAGGUGAAAAACCAUACAUAUGUGGUAUUUGUGGGAAAAGUUUUAUCUCCUCAGGAGAGCUCAACAAACACUUUCGAUCCCAUACAGGAGAACGACCAUUUAUCUGUGAAUUAUGUGGAAAUUCUUACACUGACAUUAAAAACUUAAAGAAGCAUAAAACAAAGGUCCAUUCUGGUACAGAUAAAAAUGCAGAUUGCAGUGUAGAUGACCAUGCUGUAAGUGAACAAGACUCCAUACAGAGAAGUCCUUUGUCAGAAACGCUAGAUGUGAAGCCUUCUGAUAUGACUCUACCCUUAGCGCUUCCUCUUGGGACUGAGGACCACCAUAUGCUUCUACCUGUCACGGAUAGUCAGUCUCCUACAUCAGACACACUGCUGAGGUCAACUGUGAAUGGAUAUUCGGAACCACAGUUGAUUUUUUUACAACAAUUAUAUUGACUUUGAGGACAUGGAAUUGCUAAGGCAUCCUUGGCAGUAAAUGUAAACAUGUCUGGUAAGGUGCAUAUUCAUAUGGACUCCCACUCAGUUGAGCUGUGUGACCACUAGUUUUUAUUCACGGAAGUAAAAGCACCGAUUCUGAUACUGCAUCAGUCAGUGCUUGUUCUGGCUUUGACUUCCAUUGUAAACAACCAGCCUGUCAAGGAGCGACUUCUACCAUGGUGGCCCUGUUUUGGGUGGGUAAGUUUUAGACACUGUUAAAGCUGCCUUAAUUCCAUCUCUUUUGCAUUGUAGACUUACUUGUUCCUUAGGUAGAAUCUGCCCUGUGGGUUUUUCGUUGUUCUCUCCUUGCUGUUUAAACAAAGUCUGCAGUAAUAACAACUUCAAAGUGUUUGUUUGUGAGGCCUGUGGACCAGUGUGGAAACUUUCGGAGGGAUUGGAGUUCAUGUUUAUGUCUGAACAUUUAGAUACUAAGGAAGACUUGUGCUAUUUAUUAAUAUAUUCCUUUAGAGGUAACUUUUCUAAUGAGGCCAAACGAAGUAUUUCUCUUAAAACCCAGAAAAUGUGUGUACAUUUUUGUUCAUUUAGAGUGAAUUCAGUAUUCAAGAAAACCAGU